UUGACAGCGCCUGUCAACAAAGCUGUUAAAAGCCUGCUGCCCAGGCUGUGACGCACAACACUCAGCAACACUGCGCAGGAUAAACACGCUAUUCAGUCAUGAGGGAAGCACCAACACGCAGCAGCAGACAGGAGUCGUCGGGAGGACUGUGGGAUUCCGUGAAGAAAGCCGCCGUCGUCAUCGGGUCCGGAGUUCUGUUCUUGGCCGCGUUCGGUAAUUCAUUGACAUGGCAUCUUCAAAAGUUUUGGGGAGCUUCGGGAGACUUUUGGCAGAACUUGUGGACCAAACUCUACGUGAUGUUUGAGGGCCACAAUGAGGCUUUAUUCUACAUGGGCACGAUGCUAGUGCCCACUGUGGUGUUCUGGGGCUUCAACGCUGCGCUACUAGUGGCGGACAUCACCGGGAGGCCAUCCUUCAUCACCCGCUACCGCAUCCAAGCCGACAAGAACAACCCGGUGGAGCCGGAGAAGCUGCGUCACGCUCUGAAGACGGUACUGUUCAACCAACUGUUCAUCUCCGCGCCCACCGUGGUGGCUGCUUACCACUUAAGCGGCUGGAGAGGAGACCCAUGCGGCCCUCAGCUGCCAACCUUCCACUGGGCCCUCGCUGAGCUCAGCGUCUUCUCCAUCCUGGAGGAGGUUCUCUUUUACUACUCGCACAGGCUGUUCCACCUUCCCCACCUUUACAAGCGUUUCCACAAGCAGCACCACGAAUGGACCGCUCCGAUCGGCCUGGUCGCCACCUACGCUCAUCCCCUGGAGCAUAUGUUCUCCAACCUGCUGCCGGUGGUGAUCGGGCCGGUACUGCUGGGCUCGCACGUUUCCACGACGUGCAUGUGGUACUGUCUGGCGCUGGUUAGUACCACCAUCUCCCACUGCGGGUACCACCUGCCCUUCCUGCCCUCGCCAGAAUUCCACGACUUUCACCAUCUCAGAUUCAACCAGUGUUUUGGUGUGUUUGGUGUGCUGGACCGCCUGCACGGCACCGACAGCAAGUUCCGGCAGAGCAAGCAGUAUGAACGGCACACUUUGCUCACCGGGCUCACCCCGCUCAGUGAAAGCAUCCCCGACACCCCCAAGAAGGGCCAGUGACUGCUCAAUUUGAUUUUAUCACCUUUUAAAACCUGUUGAUCAGUUUUAAAAUCCCCUUAUUUUUUUAAUUGUCUUUGCACUAAGAUUGUUUUUACUGACUGAGGUUCAUUCAGUAUGGUUCUGGUAACUUUCUGUGAAACUAAUGUGGAACUGAGCCCUAGUGGCUGCGAGAGGAACUACAUGAGGGCAAAAAUACCUUGUGUGGCGUUCACAAUUCUACAAGUACAAGCAAAUUAGGGAGGAAGACAAUCACUUGUAGCACACCACUAAAAUGUUUGAGACAUUUGAUCAUCGAAACUGCCCGACUUUGAUCGAAAGAGGUGGAACAAGACUUACGCCAGCGUGUGCAUGUUUGAACAUGAUGAAAUUGAACUUUCAUGAACCAUUUUAUGAACUUUGUCUACUUGCUGCUCUUUUUUUUGUGAUGACAAAUCUCGAAAUAAAUGUUUACUUUGGCACA